AUGCCAGUGAUGAAGGGCCUCCUGGCCCCGCAGAACACCUUUCUGGACACCAUCGCUACACGCUUCGAUGGCACCCACAGUAAUUUCCUGUUGGGUAACGCCCAGGGCCACCGCGGGUACCCCAUCGUCUACUGCUCAGACGGCUUCUGCGAACUGACGGGCUUCACGAGAACCGAAGUGAUGCAGAAGAACUGCAGCUGCCGCUUCCUGCACGGAGUCGACACCAGCGAGCACGUGGCCCAGCAGAUGGAGAAGGCUCUGGAGGGGAAAGAGGAGUACCAGGCUGAAGUCCACUUCUACAAGAAGAACGGUGUGGCCUUCUGGUGUCUGCUAGACAUCGUGCCCAUAAAGAACGAAAAGGGAGAAAUGGUUCUCUUCCUCUUCUCAUUCAAGGACAUCACUGACACCUAUGGAAAGGGCUACCAAAACAGCAAGAAAGAGGUUUCAGAGGACAAGAGGCGCAGGAGGAAGAGCAGCUCUCACUUCAGCGAGGCCAGGAAGCGCGGACGCACCAUGUUAUACCAGCUGACCAGCCAGUUCUCAAGAGGAGGCAAAAGAGAGGUCAACCUGGGUGGUGGCAUUAUUGACAAGCCUUCAAUACCAGAGUACAAGGUGGCAGCAGUGCAGAAGUCACGCUUCAUUCUGCUCCACUACAGUGUGUCCAAAGCCCUGUGGGACUGGCUCAUUUUGCUGGCCACCUUCUAUGUGGCUGUCACCGUGCCCUACAAUGUCAGCUUCACACCGUAUGAUGACCAUGUCACAGCUGCGCGCUCCACCAUCGUCAGCGACAUUGUAGUGGAAAUGCUUUUCAUCUUAGACAUUAUCCUGAACUUCCGCACCACCUACGUGAGCCAGUCAGGGCAGGUGGUGUAUGAGGCACGCUCCAUUUGCCUUCAUUACGCCACCACCUGGUUCUUCGUGGACCUGGUGGCUGCCCUGCCCUUCGACCUGCUGUAUGCCUUCAACAUCACAGUGACCUCCUUGGUGCACCUGCUUAAAACAGUACGCCUGCUGCGCCUCCUUCGGCUGCUCCAGAAACUGGAUCGUUACUCCCAGUACAGCGCCAUGGUGCUCACCUUACUGAUGUCUGUGUUUGCCCUGCUGGCACACUGGAUGGCCUGCAUCUGGUACAUGAUUGGACGAAAGGAGAUAGAGACCAAUGAGGCCUGGGACACUGGGUGGCUUCACGAGCUGGGCAAACGUCUGGAGACACCCUACAUCAACAGCACGGUGGGCGGCCCGACAGUGCGCAGCUCCUACAUCGCUGCCCUUUACUUUACCCUCAGCAGCCUGACCAGUGUGGGCUUCGGCAACGUUUGUGCCAACACCGAUGCUGAGAAGAUCUUCUCCAUCUGCACCAUGCUCGUCGGCGCGCUGAUGCACGCCCUGGUCUUUGGUAACGUGACAGCCAUCAUCCAGCGUAUGUACUCACGGCGUUCUCUCUACCACACACGUAUGAAAGACCUGAAGGACUUUAUCCGUGUCCAUCGUCUGCCUCAGCAAAUCAAACAGCGCAUGCUGGAGUACUUCCAGACCACGUGGUCCGUCAACAACGGUAUAGAUGCCAAUGAGCUCCUGCACGACUUCCCUGAUGAGCUGCGGGCCGACAUCGCCAUGCAUCUGAAUAAGGACAUCCUCCAGCUGCCGGUCUUUAAGGGGGCCAGUCGUGGUUGCCUGCGUUCACUCUCCCUCCAUAUUAAAACUUCCUUCUGCGUCCCUGGGGAGUACCUCAUCCGCCAGGGUGACGCACUGCAUGCCAACUACUUUGUCUGCUCAGGGUCCCUCGAGGUGCUGAAAGACAGCAUGGUGCUGGCGAUAUUAGGAAAAGGGGAUCUUAUUGGAUCUGACCUGCCUGGAACAGACCAGGUGAUCAAGACCAAUGCUGAUGUGAAGGCGUUGACCUACUGUGACCUCCAGUAUAUCAACGUGCGUGGCCUGAGGGAGGUGCUGGAUCUCUACCCUGAGUACGCUAGUGUGUUCGCCUCUGACAUCCACAACAACCUCACCUACAACCUGCGUGAGGGCAGUCAAGAUGAGGGCUUCAACAGGUUUUCAAGGUCACCCAGACUUCCCCAUGAAUCCAGGCUUCCCUCUAUUGUGGAAACAAAGGGGGACGACACCGACGACUCCUUCCAGCUCUCUCCAGCUACUCGUUCUCGUCGCAACCUCCUGCUGCCCAACUUCAGCAGCCCUGUUCGACGUACCUCUCUGGGAAACCUUCUGGGGGAUGAGCUACGGCAGUUCAAUGCCCUGCGACGCUGCCGUUCACCAAACCUCAGCCGCGGUGUCCACGGGCAGAGCUUGUCCCCUCAGCCACCAUCGAAAAAAGAGCACAGUUCAGCUACAGCCAACACACCCUCAACCUCAGCCCAGGGAGAGUCAGGGGCCGAGCAAAAGCCUUCAAAGCUGCUUAUCCCAACUGUCACCUGCUUUGGGCCCCCAGAUCUCAGUCCCAGGGUUGUAGACGGCAUCGAAGACAACGGACACACGUUCCACUUCAACGUGGAGCACAGCGGGCCGAAAGCCAGCGCAAGAGGGAGCACCCAGGGUAAGCCAAACCACCCCCAGCUGCGAGGGUCACCUGGGUGCCAGAUGGCUGGAGACUCCACUCAGGCUAAUGCCGCUCUGCUGCUGGAGACAGAGGAGGUCAGACAGAGCAUCACUCAACUCAACCAAAAGAUGGGCACGUUAAACCAAGAAGUAUCUGAGCUCGCCAAGGGCCUGCACCACAUGAUGCACCUCCUGCAGGCCCACAUGUCUGUGCAUCACUACAGAGCCUCCCUCCCCUCAUACCCGUAUGGCAUCCAGAUAGUGUCGGGCCCUCCCACAGCCCCCAACACGGGCGUGCCCUUCAACCUCGCCUCAGCCUACCAUCUCCACACUGAUCCAGGGAGCCACGAAGGCCACAGCCACCAAAGUGUCCCACCUGCAGGGCACUGGAGCUGCAGCGGAGCUGCUGAAACCCAAACAGAGAGCCACCACCGACCUCAGUCCUCGAGUCCACCUGCCAACUCCUGUCCUCCCCUCUCUGUAAACUCUACACCCAGGUUGGGCCCGUGGACCAGCCCGUCUCUUCUUAGUGUCAGCCCAGGCCUCCAGGGUGGAGGUUCGGGUCUUGCACCUCAUGUUGGGCAUGAAGACUCUCACAACAGACCUCUCAGCGCUAGCCCGACCACCAUCAGCCAGUCCCAGCCCACUUUGUGCCUGCAGUCUCCCAGUGAUAGUGAUGAAUACUCUUGCCUUUUGUCCGCUGCCCCUACAGGUACGUCCACACACAGCCUGCUGGACUCGUCACCCAGUUCUCACCCCCGUCUCUGCCAGUCCCAUGUCAACCUAUCACAAGCCUCACAUGAAGAUAUUUGCGUUCUGAUGUCCGCACCAACAUCCCAUAAUCUGAUCCAGGACACCUCCAUCUUUCAAAUGGAGGAUUCAAACCCCUCAAUCCACCCUGCGUCCCCUUCUCCGCCCACAUUACCAGGCCAAACUCUUGGAUCCUCCCUGGAUUCAGGAUCACCACAGUUGGAUGCUCUCGAGCCCCAUCUCCCACUGGGCGACCCAUCUGCCAUAGAACACACCAGUCUGGAGUGCCUACUGGGGAACGGGGGCUCUACGGAGAGCAGGGACAGCGAGAGCGCGUCAUCACGAAGGUCCAGCCUCGGCUUCCAGACUCAGAGCACAGAGCAGUCGUGGUGUCUGGACCUCACAGAUUAAACUGUUUCAGGGGCGGACUCAGUGGUUUCACUACAACUGGAAUAAAAAUAAGAAAAAUGACAUGCAACCUCUUACAGUGUUUAAAGAGACUCAGCUGGAGAUUGUCAAUGUGUGCUGUAUUUCCCCCCUUCUUAAUUCCUGGGCUCUCAUGUUCGUCAAACUCCACGCAAUUUACACCAUUUCUAUGCAAAAGCAUGUCGUUUGUGCAUUAUCUUGGAUUGACUAAAGUGUGUCUUUAAAAAAAAAGAAAGCUCCAGUAUAUACUGUAUAUUUUUUUCCAACAUCCUCAGAGCAAUUUGCAGUUAAUAAUACCUGUUACCUCCUUGCAUGGUAAAGUUGUUUAUUCUUUUUCCUAAGGAAAAGGUUUCCAAAUCAAUGUGUAAGCAUUCUACAUGACAACCGGUUGAUUGUGUACACUGAUACUGUGUUUGUACAGCAGACAGGUGAGAGUGGUUGGACGUUUUAAUAUACUGAGGAGCAAAUACGACACAUGCUUCACUUCGCGUAUAGGGAAUAGAGUAUGUGCAUCA